AUGGAUCUCUCCAAACUCACCCGUCCCGCCAUCCUCUGCCAGUGUUCUCGUUGUUCGAGUUCGCUGGCCGCCCUGGAGAACGAAUGGGCGAAAUUGUCGAAUUCCUAUUCCGUUGCGGCUGGAUGGCUGAGCGUCGAACUGCACCGCAUCUCCAUUUCCUCGGAGAAAAAGCAGGUCCCGCAGUCGUCAGACUUGAAAAUUUUGCGGGGCCGGAUCCUGCAAGAAGUUUCCUGUAAACUCUGCCAGCAAAAGUUGGGUGUAUUGUGCGCGCUGGACAAUGGCCCCAAUGUUUUUUGGAAGCUAUCCAAGGUCUCAUUUAGGGAAAUCGUGACAAUGCGCACGGUAGAACCUUCCUUCAAGGAGGGCGCUCUCGAUCGUCUGAUGAAUGCGACACCCAAAGAGCCGGCAAAAAGAGACCGAACGUCCAUCCAGCCUGGAGCGCUGGUACCGGCCGGUACAAACGAAAUCGAUCCUUACAAUGCCUCCGUGGGACAACAGAUUCAGUAUCAGGGUGUCAGCAUCGACAACAUCUCUAGCUCCGUCAAUAACCUCCACGAUACCAUGUCCGAACUGAAACAUGCUUUCACGGCCCUUCGCAUCGAGCUCAAUGGCCCGGGACAAUUUCGUGAAAUGGGCAACCCUUCUAGCCACGACUUCAAUAUGAUCACGACGGUUUUACGCGAGCUUAAGUUUAAGUCGGACGAAAUCGAAAAGUUAAACCUGGAAAUCGAGGCGCUAAAAAUGAAGAACCGAUAUAUGGAAGAACAGGCGGGCAGAGUGCCAGCGCCUUUGCCACAAAUCGACGAAGCGAUCUCACAAGUGCGCAGCCCAGGUCUACUCCAUGGAAGCAGAAAGCGCCCAUUGCCGCACUAUUUCGAGAGUGGUGGUCGAACCCAUCCAAUCGCAGACUCUUUCGACGAUGACGACGACGACGACGACAAUGUUAGCAUCGGCGAUUUUUUGGCUGAGCCAAGUAUUCCACCAGUGAAAAUCCCUCUCAAGGAAGCUGAAUAUACGCCGGCCGCGCGCACACCCCUCGAAUCUACCUCUACCGAUUCUCCGAAUCUUCGGAUCGAAGUCUCACAACAACCACGAGAUCCGGCUUCACACCCCGAGACACCUACUAUCUCCAGAAACACACAACAGCAGGCAGUGACAAAGCGGCCUCGCGUAGCUCAGUCUACGGAGAGACCUGCAUCUAGCGGAACUGCCGCCGAGAAAAGGAAGGCGGUUGGUCGUCCGCGCAAGUCCAUCAGCCAGGCGUCAAACUUAGACUUUUCUGGAACCCCUAAACCCACACAUUUGUCUGAACAGAACGGCAAUGCCACUGGCAGCAAUCAGAUGGAAAAUCCACCCUCGAAUCAAACCCCCAGCGAGCCCUCCAGUGCCAAGGAAAACCGACCUGGCAGGUCACGCAGCUUACGCAGUCGGUCUCGCCCUCCAUCAAUGGCCUCGAGCAACCGAAACGGCCAAACGGAGAGUAACGAUGUGCCAGAGAUGGCACAAACACCCAGCGGCCUGGAGACUAGACAGCAGAACGGGUCUGAAAAGAAAUCUUCAUCGGCGAGGUCAAACGGUACUCGCACCAACGGCGAAAACCUACUUGAUUCUGAGAAACGCAAAGCACAGGUUGCUACGCGAGACGCGAUGGCACGAUUAGCCAUGCAGCGCGAAGAGGCCAUGGAAACUGAGGAAGCUAGGUGA